AUGCAAGUCAUCGGACGUGGUGGGGCAAAUAUACUGAUUGAUUAUGGGGAUCCUACGUGGUUGUGGCGAUGCUGCAUCCGUUGGCCCGAUCUGUUAUCAUCAAAUAAUUCUUAUACAAUCAAAAACAUCAGUUAUAUUAAAGAUUAUGUAGAACCUCUUCUACAUGGCUUGCUUUGCCCGAUGUAUCUGAUUGACGUCGAUAUAGAAGCUAUAAGGCCAAUUCUCAGUGACUUUAUUCUAAAUUUAGACGAUAAGGUAGUCAAAGUUAUCAAAAUUAAAAAUCUCACCAAUAAUACCUCAAAUCUGAUAUUAAAUAACCACUUUUUAAAAUCUUAUUGUUCACAAAAUCUGCAAACAGUUAUUUUAGAAUUGAAGCCUAAAUGGUUAUACUAUGAUACAGAUUACUGUAGGAACUGUACUCAUAAUGCAUUUAAGGGUAGAGGCACUAAGUACUGUUACAAUCAAUUACUAAUGAAUCCAGCACACUUGGAAUUAAUAUUUGGAGAAUGUAAUAUAUUUCCGGUUAAGUUUAAAGAUGCCAUGCAUGAGUACUUGCGCAAUGACAAUAACAUUUUCAAGAUCCUUUAUGAUUUACAGAAAAAACUUACAAAGAACACAACUCCAAUAAGUGACAUAAAAUCAAUCAACGAUGUAAACGAUGAGCAUCUGCUACUCAUGACACUCAGAGACGUGACAUGUUUCAUUGAAUGGAACAGUGCUGAAAAUGCGUUGCACGUGAAUAUAAUAGAUGUAGAUCUAAAGCCAAAAGAAAAAUGGACCCAUUGGACAAAAACUUACAGCCAGUUGACAUCAAGCCAAAAAAUUUAUCAUACUUCAAAUAAAUAA